AUGGCAAAGACCUGCCUUUGAAUGGGAACUGGAAGCUUAGGGUUAAGAUAUGAUUCCAGGUAACAAAAGCCAAUGAGAUCUCACGGAGAUGAUGUUUGUGACAUCAUCUCACACAGUACAUAGAACAGCUGAUGUAGCAUUCGGCUCCAGCACUAUUGCCAUUAUGAUGAAUGUUUACAUCUCUUCAUUGAGAGCCAAUUAUCUUGCUUUUGUGUGAGGCCCAGAGAUCACUCAUGCUUCCCGUCUGGAUACAGCAGUGUUGGAUCUAGCUGAACGAAUAGCUUUUUCUCUCUGUGUGUAUGGACACAACCAAGAGAAUGACAAGUGGUCACAGUUAAACAGUAGGAAGGCACAGAUGCGUAGAAAGCUUUGAAGGAAAUAUAUGUCUUUUGUAUUGAAAAACUGCAUACAAAUAUUGGAUACAAUGAGAUGUUUUCGAAAACGUUCAGCAAUACCAGUCCUGGGAGCGUUAAUUAUUUGUCUGCUGUUUCUGAACCUGUACUUUGAAGAUGGCUAUGUGCUGGAAGAAGAUAAACGACUUAGGGACACAUCAACAUUGCAGUUCAAUUCAGAUCGAUAUGUUCCUAUAAUUAAAGACUUCUCAAAUUUCUCAUCAUCUAUAAAUAUAUCUUAUCGAAUUUUAGCUGGGAUGCCAUCAUCGAGGAAAAGAUAUCUAACAAUUGGCCUGUCUUCUGUGAAACGAAAAAAAGGAAAUUACUUACUUGAAACUAUUAAAUCUAUAUUUGAACAGUCAAGCUACGAAGAAUUAAAAGAAAUAGUGGUAGUAGUUCAUCUUGCUGAAUUCGAUCUUACCUGGGGUGAAACGAUAGUCCAAGAUAUAUCACGAAAAUUUUCUCAUCACAUUAUUGCUGGAAGACUAAUAAUUAUAAAUACUCCAAUAGAGUUCUAUCCCAACCUAGAAGGUUUAAAAAGAAAUUACAAUGACCCUGAUGACCGUGUGAAAUUUAGAUCAAAGCAGAAUGUUGACUAUGCUUUUCUUCUACAUUUUUGUGCAAAUUUGUCUGAUUAUUAUGUGAUGCUUGAGGAUGAUGUCAGAUGUUCUAGGAACUUUUUGGCUGCUAUUAAAAAAGUUAUAAAUUCCCGCAAGGGAUCAAAUUGGGUCACUAUGGAAUUUUCAAAACUAGGAUAUAUAGGUAAACUGUAUCACUCUCAUGAUCUACCAAGGCUAGCCAAUUUUCUGCUUAUGUUUUACCAAGAAAUGCCUUGUGAUUGGUUAUUGAUUCAUUUUCGAGGGCUUCUGGCUCAAAAAGAUGCAAUCCGUUUUAAGCCAUCUCUAUUUCAACACAUGGGUUACUAUUCAUCAUAUAAAGGGGCUGAAAACAAGUUAAAGGAUGAUGAAUUUGAAGAGGACUCAAUUGAUGUACCAGACAAUCCACCAGUAGUUCUCAGCACAAACAUGAUUGUAUUUGAAAAUUAUGAGGUUAGUAAAGCAUACAGCAGCACUGAAGAAUACUUCUGGGCAAAAUCCCCAUCAAGUGGUGACUUCUAUCACAUUGUGUUUGAAAAACCAAUCAAAAUAAGUAAGAUCAAAGUUAGCACUGGAACAGAAGAUCGUCAAAAUGAUAUCUUGCACCACGGAACACUGGAGGUUGGAGAACGAUUAGUUGGUAAUAAAAAGGGGAGGAAAUGUACAACGUACCUCAGAUUAGGGGAUUUUAAAAAUGGGAAUUUUGAAAUGGAAGGCAUUGAUCGCAAAGUUCUCUUUAAUAUUGAUUGCAUUCGAAUUCUUGCAACAAAAAAUCAAGUUGAAUGGUUAAUUAUAAAAAGUAUAAGCAUUUGGACUGCCGAGCCGACAACUCAAUAGGAAAUUUGCCUUCCGUAGAACAAAAGACAAUAUCAGUUGAUUGCCAACUGACAUAGCUCUGUUUUGAACUAUACUUUUGCUAACAAGGAAAAUCAGAACGAAAAAGUACAUGAAAAAAUGCUAUUUAUAUUUUACUAUUUAUGUCUGGCAAUAUUAUACUCUAUCUGUGUUUUUGAAUGUUCUCUAUUUUAUACAAACACAAAAAAAUAUCUUCCAUAUUACAAACACAUACUUUAUAGUUAGUGUACUGUUUAUUUUAUAGACUUGUAUACUAGAAACAAGUUAUGACAUUAGUACAUUUUGAAAGUACAUAUUUUUAGUGUGAAAGACUUUUUACUUUCUAUUCAUAUAUUUCCCUUCAUAUUCUUUCUUUGCCUCCUACUACCUCUUUGUCAUUUGAUAAAUGUGUGCAAUUCUGUCAUUUUAGUUUACUGUACAAGCAAAGCAGAAUUUAACACUGUGAGAAAACACUGUGGCUAGGAAUAAAUGUUAUUUUAGAGCUUAACAUUUUAUCAUACACUGCUUGU